AUGGCCGAAGAGACUGACACAAACGAUAAAGCGACGAUGGAAAGUAUAACGCAAAACAUACUCGAGGUCAGUGCCGGAGGUGGGUCUGCGUCGAACGAAGUAGCCGCAUUGGAAUUCCAAGCCUCGCAGGUGAUUUCCAGGCUCGAGGAAGCUGUAGAGAGGGCUGCAGACGGUGGCGGUACCACCUGGAAUAAUCCCUCUGGGUUCCUUUCACAGUCAAAAACCACCGAUGAGAUAUUAACUUUAAUUCAGGAUUUGGUAAUUCACGAAGAUGCUCCACAACCUGCCGAAGACGGUUCAACAGAAACAGCAACGAGCCAAGUGACUACAUUGCCACCGUUAACAGAGCCAGCGAAAUUAGCAUUGAUCGCACACACUGUUUCUGCUUACGCGCUCGCGCUUCCAAAAGCUCAUGCUCAGAGACUAGCUGGUCGUUUGGCCGCAGACACGACCAGAUGGCUCAGUCACAUUUUCCGUUUCGUCGACUGUGUCUCCUCGUUUCACGAGGACCAUCUAGAGGGUUUGGUCAGGGUGGCCAGGUUGGCCUUGCACCGCAAGUAUCCUCGGUACAUGGAGGAGGGUUUCACAGCUCUCGCCGCCUCUCCACCUUUAAUUUACAGUUCGGUAGCCGCGCCUUUAGGCGUGGUUCAGCAUCUAUGCAGACAGCUUUCAUUACCACUGCAUUGUGUAAGACCUAUCCCCCAUAAUACAAUGUUUGGAUCACGGUAUAGUAUGGAUGUGUCAGCUUUGGAAAGAAGAUUGGCGGAAGAUACACAAUCAAAUAUCGUGACACCCCUUUUGGUAUUAGCAGAAGCGGGUUCAGUAUUAACGGGACAUUGCGACAAUAUCGCUAGACUGCGUGCAACAUGUGAUGUGUACAAUGUUUGGCUUCAUCUCAGAGGCCAUUCUUUAGCCGCGUUAGCGUUGAGUAAUGUAGUAAGUGUGUUCAUGUAUUCAGUUUUCUUAUUCUAUUUUUGUUCUUGUAAAAAAAUGUGUAAUAAGAAUGCUUUUGACUUCCAGUCUUCGAAGAUCGCCGAUAGCAUGACGUUACCUCUUGGUGUAUGGCUUGGUAUACCAUCCUUGCCGGUAGUUACGUUAUACAGAUUAACAGACACAAAGGGCGGUCGUCCAACUUCAAGAGACACAACUCUGUCUUUGGUGUCGGGUUUAAUGACAGAUUCGCUAUCAAGACGUUUACCAACUUUGCCAUUGUGGGCCACGUUGCAAGUGUUAGGUAGAGACGGUGUACAUAAUAGGUUGAAGAGGUGUUUUUUGGCUGUGGAAGAAUUGUACAACAAAAUCAAGAAAUUUUCUUGUAUAAGGAUAUUGAGUCAACCACCCGGUGGUGAAACCUCUUACACCAUAAACGAGUUCCUAACCAACCCUGUGCACAAUCCUCAACUCCUUGAAGCUGUGGCCAGCGCUUUAGUGUUUCAAUUUGUGCCUGCGGACAGAGAUCCUCAAGCGACAGAACGUGUUCCUCCUUAUUACGACAAACUGAACUCCUGGCUAGGGCAAAUUCUUCAAAGGGACAUCGAAAACGUACAAAUAGAGCUGUGUGAAAUCGAACAUCAUGGUAUAUCAAUUCGCAUUUGUCCACUAGAGAAUCCGGAACAACCUCCUUCUACCGAGGACAUAGAUAAUGUAGUGGCUUGUCUCGAACAACAGAUAGAAAUAUUACAGGCAACAGUGGAACAUAAAGCGACUUUCGUACGAUUGGUGUCAGAAAAUGACUCUUUGCAUUUAGUGGAAAUGCCAGGUUGGGCAGGUUUAGGUGGCGUACGAUACGCUCCUCCCACUUGGAUCCACGUUAUGACCGAUCAGGCGAAGGAGGAAUUGAAUAGAUUAAACACACAAUUGGUCGAAGCUUUGAGAAACACAGACGCGGCAUUUUCUUUGGGAGAGGGAGCUGAUGGCUUAGCUUGUGUGAGAUUUGGAAUGGUUACACAAGAUACGGAUGUAGCUGAAUUACUCUCCCUAGUCCUACAAGUUGGUCAAGAAGUGGAAGCCAGCUCCAAAUUAUUAGACACUAUAUCAGAAGUGGUGAAAAGAGGUAUCGAAGCUGCGCAGACAGACUUGGAGAGAGAAAAUGCCGAGAAAUUGUGGCAAGAAGGUAUUCUUAGACAUGUGCCUGUUGUUGGAACUUUCGUCAAUUGGUGGAGUCCUCCUUCGAAGGAAACAGGAGUUCGUGGCCGCAGUUUAAACUUGCAAGCCGGUGUUGUCGAGAGUACAGAGAACAUUUACAAGUAUCAUAUGCAAUUGCAACCGAAUUCCACAGUGAUUAAUGGAUCUGGUGCUAGAACUCCACCGCAGCCCCUUGUACAAACUCCAGUGGGCGCUGGGAGUCAAAGUCACAGUCGUUCGUCGAGUCAUUCCAGCCUGCAGAGCGGUAAAAGUAUUUCUGUGAUCACAAAUGCCACCUCUCAUCCACAAGUGAAAGAGGAAUCCGGCGAGGUGAAGUCGUAGUGAACAGUAAACGACACGGUUGAUCGAUAGAAAAAAAUUCAUUUGAUUCAGUUCAGGUCCGCAAACUUGGCGGAGGAACGAUGCUCUAGGUGAAACGAUCGAGCAUUUCCGGUAAAAGCUACCCUUUACAAUUCGCAGAGCACAGUAAAAAAAAAAAAAAAAGAAUUAGCAUCCCAAAAGCGUACGUCGAAGAUCUUGAAUAAGACGACACAGGUAAAGAAGGCACGUCGUCCUAUCUGUCGUUCU